CGGAAGGAGCCGCAGGAAUGGCGGCGGCCCAGCCGCUCGCUCUGGUGGUACUGCUGCUGCUGUGGCCAGGCGGCUGGGGCCAUUCAGAGGCCCCACGCGACAGCCUGCGGGAGGAGCUCGUCAUCACCCCGCUGCCUUCUGGAGAUGUAGCAGCCACAUUCCAGUUCCGCACGCGCUGGGAUUCGCAGCUGCAGCGGGAAGAAGUUUCUCAUUAUAGGCUCUUCCCCAAAGCCCUGGGGCAGUUGAUCUCCAAGUAUUCUCUCCGGGAGCUGCACCUGUCACUCACACAAGGCUUUUGGAGAACUCGAUACUGGGGGCCACCCUUCCUGCAGGCCCCCUCUGGUGCAGAGCUCUGGGUCUGGUUCCAGGACACCGUUGCUGAUGUGGACAAAUCUUGGAAGGACCUCAGCAACGUCCUCUCAGGGAUCUUCUGCGCUUCUCUCAACUUCAUCGACUCCACCAACACGGUGAUGCCCACUGCCUCCUUCAAACCCCUGGGGCUGGCCAAUGGCACGGAUCACUACUUCCUGCGCUACGCUGUGCUGCCAAGGGAAGUUGUCUGCACUGAGAACCUCACCCCGUGGAAGAAGCUCUUGCCCUGCAGCUCUAAGGCAGGCCUCUCCAUGCUGCUGAAGGCCGAGCGCUUGUUCCACACCAGCUACCACUCCCAGGCAGUGCACAUCCGCCCCGUUUGCAGAAAUGCUCGCUGUACCAGCAUCUCCUGGGAGCUGAGGCAGACCCUCUCCGUUGUGUUCGACGCCUUCGUCACGGGGCAAGGGAAGAAAGACUGGUCCCUCUUCCGGAUGUUCUCCCGAACCCUCACAGAGCCCUGCCCCCUGGCUUCAGAGAGCCGAGUCUAUGUGGACAUCACCAGCUACAACCAGGACAAUGAGACUUUGGAGGUGAGCCCGACCCCCCUCACCACAUACCAGGACGUCAUCCUGGGCACCCAGAAGACCUAUGCUGUCUACGACUUGCUCGACAAGGCCGUGAUCAACAGCUCCCGCAACCUCAACCUCCAGUUCAAGUGGAAGAGACCCCCAGACAAUGAGGCCCCGCCGGUGCCCUUCCUGCACGCCCAGCGGUACGUGAGCGGCUAUGGGCUGCAGAGCGGGGAGCUGAGCACGCUGCUCCACAACACCCACCCGUACCGGGCCUUCCCCGUGCUGCUCCUGGACACCGUGCCCUGGUUCCUGCGGCUGUAUGUGCACACCCUCACCAUCACCUCCAAGGGCAAGGAGAACAAACCAAGUUACAUCCACUACCAGCCUGCCCAGGACCGGCUACAGCCCCACCUCCUGGAGAUGUUGAUUCAGCUGCCGCCCAACUCGGUCACCAAAGUCUCCAUCCAGUUUGAGCGGGCGCUGCUCAAGUGGACCGAGUACACCCCGGACCCCAACCACGGCUUCUAUGUCAGCCCGUCCGUCAUCAGCGCCCUCGUGCCCAGCCUGGUGGCAGCCAAAGCUGUGGACUGGGAAGAGAGUCCCCUCUUCAACAGCCUGUUCCCAGUCUCCGACAGCUCCAGCUACUUCGUGCGGCUCUACACGGAGCCGCUGCUGGUGAGCCUGCCGACGCCGGACUUCAGUAUGCCCUACAACGUCAUCUGCCUCACGUGCACCGUGGUGGCCGUGUGCUACGGCUCCUUCUACAACCUCCUCACCCGCACCUUCCACAUCGAGGAGCCCAAGAAGGGCGGCCUGGCCAGGAGGCUGGCUAACCUUCUCCGGCGUGUGCGCGGCGUCCCCCCGCUCUGAGACUUGGCCUCUGCGCGGCUGGGGCUGCCGUUUCUCCGGGGAGGGGUGCUGGUGACCCCAAGAACUGUGUCUGCACUUGCUGUCCCCAGAGUUGGCUUGUGAACCAAACUGCCCCUGGGCCGGGCCAGGGCCUAGAGCUGCACCGUGCAGCACAGUGGCCACGAGCCAGAUGUGGCGUGUGAAUUUCAGUUCAUUUAAAUUAAGGACUCGUUUCCUCAGCUGUAUUAGCCACGUUUCCAGUGCUCAGGCACAUGAGUGGCUGCUGUGUUGGACAGUGACACCAACGUCUCUCUCCGGCGCUGCAGAGAGUCUUGCUGGGCAGCGCUGCCCAGACAGCGGGGUGCGCCCCAGAGCUUCUGUCACUGUGGCAGACAGGUUUGCUGGUCGUGGAAUAAAAUGGGGCUGUUUCUUCA